CUGGUCUUCUUCCUGUGUUGAUCCCGUCCCCAGAAAAGACACCGGGAGGCCAUUACCCUGCAACCAUUUUCUUUUUUAACACACUUGGAGAAACAGCUAAUCUAUUCCGUGCAAGCAGCGAGAGCGAUUAUUGGAUACGUGCGCAUUUAUAGAGCACAAGGGACGUGCAGCUCGCCCCGAAAAUCCUUCGGAUCAUUUCGGCUGGAUUCGUGUUUUGAAAUGGACGCGACUGAACCGGCGGCGAAAGCGCUCGAGUUGGGCGACGCGGAAGCGGUUGCAGUUUCGGAUACCGAAUCGGAGGCCGAAGUUGCAACGAUGACUGUGAUGGAAGAAACGGGAAACAUCGACAUAGCCGAAUCACUGCCGAACCCAGACGAUGCCGAAAGCGCGUUUGCAGAAGUCACUGCAGUCACCGUUGGAGAUGUUCACACCGGAGACGACACUGUAUUUACAUCCGCCGUGGCAGCUGCAGCUUCCAUCCCUGAACAUGUGCUGACAGGCAGAACCACGCUUCAGAUCGGAGACAGUCUGAGCUCCCAGAAGGCAACGCUGAUCGUGGUGCACACGGAUGGAAGCAUCGUGGACGCCACCGGGCUGAAGGGUACCACAACACCAAUGACACCCGGUCCUCAGACCCCGACCACCCCUCUGAUGUCUGGACAUGAUAAGGACGUCUCAAAGUACAACUGGGAUCCCUCAGUGUAUGACAAUGAGCUUCCUGUGCGCUGCAGGAACACAAGCGGGAUCCUUUACAAAAACAGACUGGGCUCAGGUGGUAAAGGGCGCUGUAUCAAACACAACAGCAACUGGUACACCCCGACAGAGUUUGAGGGCAUGUCGGGUAGGGCGAGCAGCAAAGACUGGAAGAGGAGCAUCCGCUACGCCGGGCGACCUCUGCAGUGUCUCAUUCAGGAGCGCAUACUGAACCCGCAUGCGGCGUCCUGCACGUGUGCAGCCUGCUGCGAUGAUCUGUCCGCAUGUGCCAAGGACGGACCUUUCGAAGCGGAGAACAUUACCAUGACGGGCCCCGUCAGACUGUUCGUCCCUUAUAAAAGAAGGAAGAAGGACAAUGAAUGCUCAACUUCCCCAGAGAAGAAGGACGUUCAGACACCAAAGAACAUCACCCUGACUCCAGGGGCGACGUUUACAGUCACUCCAUCCGGACAGAUCAUCACUCCAUCCGGACAGAUCACCACAUCAGGCGUGCUGACUUUUGACCGAACGACUUCAGGAGAGGCGACGGCCAUCGUCUCCGACAGCCCUGCGCCUGCUGACGUUUUCACCAGCACAACUGUGUUGACCACCCUCCCCGCGCUGGCCGUAGUGCCCCAGCAGGCAGUGGUGCAGUCUAAACCCCCGCCAGCAGGGGCGCUGGCGAACGGAUUAGAGACGAGCGAGGAGGACACGUGGCUUUACCUGGAGGAGAUGGCCAACACACUUCUCAGUAACGUCCAGCAGCUCAAAGUCCUGAUCGCACAAGCUAAACCGACCAGUCAGGGUGGACCGCACACCGUUAGCAGUCCAGAGAAAACCAACAACGCCCGGAAAGAGGCCUUUCAGACUCAGCUGUCACUCGGCGAUGAACCCGAUGGGAAAAUCACUGAAAUUAUCAUCAAGCACACGUGUGUGAACUGCGGGCGAGAGGCUUCUAGCGAAUGCACGGGGUGUCAUAAAGUUCAUUACUGCUCCGGCUUCUGUCAGCGGCGGGACUGGAAGGAACAUCAACUGAGCUGCUGUCAUCCGAGUGCAGCCGUCAGCAUUCAGGAAGAGACCCAAAUUCCCAGCGUGGACACGGAGAAAGGAAAGGUCUAGUGUUCUCCGUCACGCCACAGGACCUGCUCUGUAUGACGUUUCCAUUCAUGUGUUUUAGUUUAGCUUAAACCUUAUUUUAGCAGCUUCCUCGUGACCUGCUAUGAAUUCUGUCAAACUCUGUCAUCAUUUAUUAAUGUGGUCCUAAUCCCACUUGACCAUCUUUCUUCUACAAUAGACAUAUUUCUUCGUUCCACAGAAGUCAUGUUUGUGACAACACAAGAGUAAAUUAUGUCUUAUUUUUGGAUGUAUUGAUAUUCCUUUAUUUGGACCGUGUUAUUAAACGCAUUCCAAUGAAGGCUCGCAUAUUUCUUUUGUUUGCUACACAAAAAUAAAUGCCAGUUUCUGUG